AUGAGCGAUGAGCAGAAAGAGAAGCGAAAGGUGGAACAAACGACCAAACUGAAGGCAUAUUGCAAAACAAGGGAUCGAAUUUUUGACGAACGAUCAAAAGGCAAAAUGGACGAGGAAAUGCUAACGUUAACGGCUGCUUUGUUGGUGAAAAAUCCCGAUUUUUAUACAUUAUGGAAUAUUCGACGUGAAAUUAUUGGUUUCUUAUCGCAGAAAAUUACGAAUGAAUGCGCCGAAGAAAGUGUGAAGAGGAUGGACGAAAUAUUUAAUGCAGAAUUGCAACUGACACAAGCAUGUUUAGAAGUUAGUGGAUUUUUCUUUUUUUUUGCAAAAUUUUAUCGCUUAGAUUCAGAAUUGGUUUGUUUUAAAGCUAUUUUUUUCGCGCUUUCUUUUCUUUUUUUUUGCUGUAAUUUACGUUUACAUGCAAUUUUUCGUUGCAAAUUUUGA